AUGGCAACCGCUUGCGAUGGUUCCACUGGUUCACUUCAACACCUCCAUCGCGAGUAUGUGGCGUUACUGGAGGAGUUGCACGUGCUGCAGACGGAAUGGCACAGUGCGGCGUCACGCAAACUAGUACUGGAGGCAUCUGCAGCCUCGACUACCGCACAAACUGACGCGGUGAAGCCUAUUCGGCGUCGUCUCUCGGAGUUGCAGAAGGAGCAUGCGCUGCUUGGCCAACAGAGCAAAUUCCUUCAGGCGCAGGUGGAGGAGGCGAAGAAGCUGUACAAGAGCGUCUGUGGGGAGUCCUCCAUGCUCGUUAGGGGUGUCUUUGAUGAUAGGCAGAAGCUGGAAGAGGAGUAUAUGCAGGUGAUGCGUUUAGUUGACCAGUUUGACCCAAACCUGCAAGAGGACGCGGCCCUGGUGAAGGCCGCCCUCGCGGAGCAGCGCGUGGAGAUGCGUGUGCUGCAGGAGACAUUGGAUGCCGUGAAGCAGUCCAUGGUGCCUAAUGAAUUUGGUGGGCUUCCGCAACACUCCAAGGCGCUGCUGACGCUGCCGUCAAACCCUCUCGUGGAGGUUCCCAUGGACGAGGUCUUGGUCCCGGUGCCGCAUGGAAGACUGCGACUUCUUACCGGUCCCCGUGGCGAUGGCCUGCAGCAACUGCGGGACCGACACAAGGUGGCGGCGUCCGUUGUCUGUCUCAACGAGACGGUGGCGGUGAGGGUGCGGGGGCACACGGCAGGCGUCAAAAAUUGCGUCCUUGACAUUCGUCAUGCCUUGUCUUGCUAA